AUUUUAAUCAGGCUGAUAGGAGAAUACAAGUUUUGUAUCUAUUAAAAGUAUUUUAGCAAUAUAUAAAUAAAACCUUCUUGAAUGUAAUUUAAUCCAGUUAAAAAUGUGUAGGUUAUUUUUUUAUUUCGUGUUUGCCUUAACUACAAAAGCAAGUGCUUCGAAAAUAUUAGCAGUUUUUCCGACUCCAGUUUUGAGUCACCAAAUAUUUUUUCGACCUUUUGUACAAGAGUGGACACGCCGCGGACAUGAAGUAACAGUUAUUACUCCAAUCCCAGUACACCCAAGUGGAAAGGACUUCGAAAAUCUUAGAGAAAUAGAUGUGCAACAUGUAUCAUAUGAAACUGUUUCUGAUUAUUUUGUUGACAAUAAUUUGGGUAAAAGAGGUCAUAUAAUAGACCAGAUCUAUGAACUCAAUAAAUUAAAUUGUAUAACUGUACAAGCUCAACUAGCAACUCAAGAAGUAUAUGCUUUGAGAACUAAUGAAAAAACGAAAUUCGAUGUAUUAGUAUUAGAACAGUGUUCAAGAUCGGCUAUUACGUACUCGCAUAUAUUCGAAGUACCCGUAAUACAAAUAAGUUCAUUUGGAAUAUGGGGUGUAGUUGAUGAAGCUGUUGGGAUACCAACACAUCCUCUGUUAUAUCCGAAUUUCAUGCAUCAGCGGUUAUACGAUUUAUCAGUUAUAGAAAAGCUCUCCGAGAUUUACAAGCACUGUAGGAUAAAACGUGAUUUAAGGAAUUUGGCACCAAUACAAAUCAAAAAAUUUCAAGCUAUACUUGGUAUUGAUAUUCCAAGUUACGAUGUUUUGGAGGAGAAUAUAGAUAUGUUAUUUCUUAAUGUUCAUCCUAUUUGGAUUGACAACCAACCUUUACCAACAAACGUGAUUUCAAUAUGGGGAAUGCACAACAAUACUCAGAAUGAUCUUCCACAGGAACUCAAAACGUAUUUGGAUUCAAGCAAACAAGGUGUAAUAUACUUAAGCUUAGGCACAAAUGCUCAAUGGUCCCAGUUACCAGAAGCAUUGGAACAAAUAUUCAAGCAAGUAUUUUCGCAACUCGAGUACAAUGUUUUAUGGAAAUGGGACAGCGACGAUCUACCUGAAACAUCCGAGAAUAUAAGAAUGUCAAAAUGGUUUCCUCAAAAAGAUAUACUAAGGCACCCAAAUGUCAAACUUUUUAUAACCCAAGGAGGUAUUCAUUCUAUGGAAGAAGCUAUACAGGCUGGUGUACCUCUUAUCAGUAUACCAAUGAAAGUGGAUCAGUGGUAUAACGGCGAGAAAGUCAAUCUACAUAAAAUUGGUAUCAAACUUGAUAUGGACUCGUUAGACGAAGAGAAAUUAUUGAAAACAAUAAAAGAAGUUUUGGGUGAUAAAAGUUAUAAAAUUAAUAUAAAUAGACUUCGCACUUUGUUAAAUGACCAGCCUCAAAGUGCCAUGGAUCGUGUUACCUGGUGGACGGAGUAUGUGUUACGACACCGUGGAGCGAAACAUCUUCGAAGUCUGGCAGCCAAUAUGACCUGGAUGGAGUACUAUGACGUUCAACUUGCACUUUUCUUAAUAUUACUUACUAUUUCGUUGACUAUUGCUGUGUAUAAUAUUUGUAUAAAAUCUUAUAGUAUUAUAAUGAAAAAGUUAAAUUAAA